AUGGGGACAGAAGUGUUUCUGACCCUCCUGAGCGGCACCAGCGGGCACGCGCCCAGGCUGUGCCGAGCCGGCCUCGCCACCCUCGCUGCGGUCCGGCUCGGAUCCCUGGCCCUGGGUGCAAGAACCCUUUGGCGGGACGAGGCAGGGGACCUGCACUGCGACACCGCCGCCCGGGGCUGCCUCUCGGCCUGCUUCGACGCCUUCUUCCCGGUCUCCCCCUUCAACCUCUUCCUGCUGCAGAUGGCCAGCCUCUUGACCCACGGCACGGCCUGCUGCUGCGUUUUUCGCCCGCCCGGCUGCCAGGAGAAGAGCAGCUGGAGGCAGGGCCUGGCACACGGCAAGAGGAAGCUGCAACACCUGCACUGGCUCAGCCUCCUGGCCAAGGCGGCCUUGGAAGGGAUUUUCCUGGUGGCUUUCCACGGACUCUACGCUCGCUACCCGUCGCAACUCCAUUGCCCUCCGUCCGUCUCCUGUCCCGUCGGGGUUCUGUGCACCGUCCAGCAAGCAAACUGGAAAGACGCAUUCAACCUCUUCAUAGCUGGGGCUUCCUGGGCCUCCGUUGCGCUGUGCCUCCCCGGGUUGUUCUCAGCGGCAUCCCAAACCUUUCACUGUGCAUUGGGCCCAGGGAAGAGUCAACUGGAACGGCCUCUCUUGAUCCCAGAUGUUUGA